AUGCUUGCGAAGGUUCUAGAGGACUGGUUGCACACAGCCCUUCCCUACGUCGUCCAUGAGGAUCAGACGUGUGGGAUAGAGGGCCGCUCUAUUAGGUGGAACCUGAGUUUGAUUAGGGACUCCAUCACUUGGGUAGAGGAUAGAGGGCUGCCGUUAAUGGUAGCAGCACUUGAUCAGGCUAAAGCCUUUGAUCGAGUGAAUAGAUAUUUUAUUUUCAGGGUGUUAGGUAGGUUAGGUUUUGGGGAGAAGUAUAUAGGGUGGAUCCGUGCUUUAUAUGUCGGAGCAGGGUACCGGGUUAAUGUAAAUGGUCACAUGGGUGAAAUUUUUUACCUCGCGUCGGGGGUCAGGCAAGGGUGCCCGCUCUCGGCACUCCUCUUCGUUCUGUACAUGGAGCUCCCGACGACACUUCCUUGUUACUAUGCACGGACUUGUGCCUGACUAGGUCCCUUGCCAUUAUUGGGGAAUUCACCCGAGCGUCGGGAGCGGUUCUCAAUCACGGAAGAUGGCGUGGGAGGACGGAUGUGCCAGGGGGGGUUAUCUCUCUGUAUCGGGGCCCUGAAGAUUCUCGGGGUCUUGUUUGAGACCUCCGGCUCAGCUGGGGAUGUGGAGGGCUAG